AUGACUCCACCAGGGCCCAUCAUCUCCUCUGCUACCUCCUCAGCUCUUGAGACUUUCAAGUCCAAAUAUUCAUCAGCCGUCGUCGGUCUUCUUGCUUGUCAGAUUGACUCUUAUCUUAAGACUCUCACAACAAAGGUUAUUUCCUGUACAGAAAUCCCUAAAGAUACCACCAAAAAGGCUUCUAAAGGCAAAAAGGAAACCAUUCCUGAAAACCCCGCCAAAUAUGAAAUUGAACUUGCCGACACAACUCUUUUCCCUGAGGGCGGCGGUCAACCUUCUGACACCGGCGUUAUUAAACUUAAGGAUUCUGAAAAGGAAAUCCCAGUAUUUGCAGUCAAAAGAAAUGGUCUCACAGCUCUCCAUGAAACGCCUGAGUUUAUUGCUUCAGGAACUGACGUUGAAGUUCACGUUAACUGGGCCCGCCGGUUCGACCAUAUGCAGCAGCAUACAGGUCAACACCUUCUCUCUGCGAUCUUAGACAAGCGUAAUGUUCCAACUCUAAGUUGGAGCAUGGGCAAAACGAUUGUUCCAGAUGCUAUCGUACCCACAACUGUUUCCGAGGCAGUCACAGCAUUGCCUAAUUUCAACUACAUUGAAAUCGGACGUAAGCUUUCUCAGCAGGAAAUCGACCAAGUCCAAGCAGAAAUCAACGAUGCCAUCAACGACUGCCUCGAUAUUGAAGUCAAGAUCCCAGACUCUAACCAAUCUCUUGCGACCCCAGAGUCCGAAGCUAUUAUUGACCCUAACACCGAUAAAGGAGUCAUCCGACACGUCACCAUCGGCUCUCUCGAUAAUAACCCUUGCUGCGGAACCCACUUGCGCUCAACAGCUCACGUCUCUGCACUAACUCUUUUUAAUCACACUCAAUCUAUCCGUGGCACCAACUGUCGCAUCUUUUUUUUGGCAGGAAACCGAGUUGUGCAAUAUGCACGUGCAGCCAAUGACUACUUACGCAAAGUUAACUCAACGCUCUCGUGCACCACCGAGGAUAUUGAGCUUAAGCUUAGCGAGCUUUCCACACAACUAAAAGCAGCAAAGAGCGCAGAAAAAUACUGGUCUUUGGAAAUGGCAGCUAAAGAUGCCCACGAUCUUAAAUCCAAGAUCAGUACUUUUGCCGAAGUCCCAGAAAACGGUUAUAACGGAGUUGUUGUUUAUAACGCAAAGGGUUCAAUGGAUUAUUUCCGUGCAGUUGAAAAGGAACUUGGACCACUUGAACAAAUCAAGUCUCCUAGUCCCUUUGUCAUUGUUUUUGCUGGAGGCCAGGCUACCGAAAGUGGGCUCAUUAUUGUUGCAGGUACUAGUAAGGAAGCCAUUGAUGAUGCUGCCAAAAAGGUCAAAGAGGCCGUGCCAGAUGUCAAAGGUGGCGGUAAAGGCAAGUGGCAAGGCAAGGUAGUUUCCUGGAAAACCAAUGGCAUUAGAGCCAUUGAAAAUUUGUUUCAAUAG